AUGGGCAAGUCCGGCACGGGCAAGACGUCGAUGCGCUCGUUUAUCUUCUCGUCGUACCGUUCGGAGGACACGCAGCGCCUUGGAAGCACCAUUGAGGUGGAACAUUCGCAUGUGCGUUUCCCUGGCAACCUCGUGCUCAAUCUGUGGGACUGUGGUGGCCAAAAGUCGUACAUGGAGAACUAUAUGAACUCGCAGCGCGGGCAGGUGUUUAGCGGAGUAGCGGCUCUGAUCUACGUUGUCGACGUCGUCAGCACUGACGAGGAGGCGGGCGACGGGCGCGAGUGGGAGACGGAUCUGCGCUACUUUCGGGACUGUGUGUCUGCGCUGCAAUCGCACUCGCCAGACGCGGAGGUAUUUUGCCUGCUGCACAAGAUGGAUCUGAUUGAGCCAUCGCGCCGCCGCGACAUUUACCGCCGCCGCGUCGCGGACCUGCGCAAGAAGACACGCGAGGUGAUGCAGGAGCAUGCGUCGUCGCCGCUGGCGCGGGAUGUGAUUCACCUGCAGUGCUUCGCGACGAGUAUCUGGGAUGCCACACUCUACAAGGCGUGGUCGAGCAUCGUACAUGCCAUUGUCCCGGACGUGGAGCGCUUUGAGGAGCAUCUGACGCAGCUCGGCGCGCAGUGCUCGGCCGCGGAGGUCAUUCUAUUCGAAAGGGCGACGUUCCUGGUCAUGUCCCACUACAGCCGCUUAGAGGCAGCAGACGAGUCGGCCAAGCCGCACUCGCCGGACGUGCACAUGGUGCGGGCGCAAAGCACCGACGACCCGGAGGAAGCACUGCUCGACGGCCUUUCCCAGAGCAUGCUGCCGUCCUCCGAUGUCCCUUCUGCGCCGGCGCGCAUGCUUUCUGACGACCGCUUCGAGCGCGUUAGUGAGCUGGUCAAGCAGUUCAGACUAACCUGCCUGUGCGUUGCUGCAGCUGACCGCAGCGAGUCCCAGUACAAUGUCAAGGCGCUUGAGCUGCGCACGCCCACCUUCCUCGCGUACAUGGACACGCUCACGUCGAGCACCCUCAUCCUGAUUGUGGUCACGGACCCCCGUAUCCGUACGUGCCUGCCACUCACACAGAAUUGA